GAAAAUCUGCGCAGCUUUCAUGCAGUCAUGCAGCCGUGUCGAGCCUCGAGCCCGUUAAAAAUUAAUUACAAACAUUUUAAAUUUGGCUUUAUUCAUUCGGAUUACAGCGAAAAUAUAAAAAUAAUCAACAAAUAAUAAUGGCUUGCAUCGGAUCGCUAUGUGUGUAGCUGUCAAGUAUUUAGCCAACACUAUCCAAUAAUUUGUGCGCUGGGGUUUCGCGUUUGCCGGAGUAGACCGCUUUGGCUUUGGACCUGACGACCUUCUUUAGCGUGUACGAGGAAGUUGUGGCGAGUGUCUGAAAUGUUGAGUCUAUCUCGAAGAGCCCUCUGGAAUCCAAGCGUACGCAGGGCUAGCGCCGCACUCAGGCCUUUCUCGGCUGCCUCGCCCGCCGAGAAGUUCAACCAGGCCGUGAAGGAUCUGAACAACGUUCCCGAGGAACCUUCCAACGACGUCAAACUUCAAUUGUACGCUCUCUUCAAGCAGGCUACGGUUGGCAAGUGCAACGUCGCCAAGCCGGGAACCUUUGAUUUUGUCGGCAAGGCCAAGUGGGACGCCUGGUACAAGCUUGGAGACAUGUCGCAGGACGACGCACAGAACGAAUAUGCGGCGAUCGUGACAAAGCUGGCCGGAGAGAAGGCAUCCGGUCCUGCACAGUCCCAAGAGCCAGCGACAGCUGCGUCUUCCGGCGUGGAAGGCCUUGUGACGACGUUUCAAGAUGGCGCCUUCACUAUCCGCUUUAACAGGCCGAGCAAGAGGAACUCAAUUACACUCGAGAUGUACGAGGAGGUGAUCAAGCUGCUGAAGGAUGCCGGGCAGAGGGACGACGUCAAGUUCCUCGUGCUCACCGGCACGGGAGAGUUCUUCUCGAGCGGCAACGACCUCGGGAACUUCGCCAAGCAGAUGCAGACGGGGCGCUCUCAACUGGAGCUUGCCAAGGAAGCCGCGGAACUCGUCAGGCGAUACGUGGCGGAAUUCAUCAACUUUCCCAAGCCAGCCAUGGCGCUGAUCAAUGGACCGUCAAUCGGUGUGUCCUGUACCAUUCUCGGGCUCUUCGACCUUGUCUACGCAUCCGACAAGGCGUUCUUCCAGACUCCGUUCACCCAGUUGGGGCUGUCACCCGAGGGAUGUUCGUCCUACACAUUCCCGCGGAUCAUGGGAAUUGCCAGGGCGUGCGAAGUCCUGAUGAUGAACAAGCAGCUGAGUGCUAAGGAGGCCGAACAGUGCGGCUUCGUCUCCAAGUGCUUCCCGGAUGCCAGCUUCCAGGAGGAGACGCAGAAGAAGAUCCAGGAGAUGGCCAAGCUGCCACCCAAGUCCCUGAUGCACUCCAAGACACUGGUCAGGGCACCCAUCUUGGAAGAUCUCCACAAGGCGAACAACCUAGAGUGCGAACGACUCGUCGAACGCUUCACUUCGGAGGAGAUGAUGAAAGCUGUGAUGGCCUUUUUUCAAGGCAAGGGCAAGCUCUGAGUGGCGAGUCACGUGACCACGGCGAGGCCUUAUUAAAGACGACUGUGAAAUGAAUUUUUGGCUAGGAUAAAUUGGUAUUUUACUAAUCGCAUAUCGUUUAGUCUACCAAAAGAAAACUAGUAUGUGAGGGUAGAAAGCCAAAAGCCUGCUUUUCGGUAUUAAAUUUUGUCAGUAAUAGCGGAGUAUUUCUUACCUCCUUUCCUUCGAAAGCUCUCCGCCUUUUCACUGCAAUGCAUCCGGUGGCCAAUAGUGCCGUGACAACACUUAUCAUCACUUGCGAAUGACAAGUUCCAUGGUGUGCUUAAAAAGCAGGGUGGAAGCUUGGAGUAAUCGCAUCCGAUGUCCAAACACGUCACAACCACGUGAUUUCUCAUUUUGCUUUUGGGUUGAGGAUUGAAACUAGGGAGGAAGAAGCUGAAAAAUCAUUUCAUGGUUUCUUUAAUGAUACCGCAUACUGUUACGGUUUUAAUUGGGUUCAUGGUGGGUUCUAGAAUAGCGUCGUCGCCAUUGCGCAUGCGGUGAACACUAACCACGUUUUGCGCUCCGGGGAGGGCUCGUGAUGUGCAAGAAGUUGGCUAGAGCCAAGACGAGCACAGUGAGAAAAUGGCGGCUCCCAGAACCGCAGCAGUCGUUAGCGCAACGUGCUAAAAUGGCGUACAUCAUUCUAGAACUCUCCAACAUGAGGCCCACAGCUGUUAAGAGGACCUCAGAACUUUCGGGGAAUCGUUUAUCGAGUUUACAACUUGUUUCUUUUUUCAAGAGACCAAUGUAUUCUGGUCUAGACAUGAACUAGGUGUUCCCUAGGGGUGUCGCACUGUCUUUCAAUAAAACAUUUUUACAUUCCUUU